AUGACGGCAGCGGCGCUAAACUCAGGGCUUUCCCCUCCGGACGUCGCGGGGGCUGUCCCAUCCAGGUCCGCGCUGGACCUCGUCCAGGCGCUCGUACACGACGCGGAGACCAUGUCGAGGCAAGGCUAUCAUGGGCUCCUGGUCACCCUGAAUGUGGACUCGGCCUACCCCUCGGGGUCCCCGUUUAUGUACAUGGACGACCAUGCGCAACCGUCAUGGAGUAAGCACCCGAUUCAACUGGCCCACCAUGCCUCCCUUAGGGUCAACCAGCUAUGCGCCAAGGGCCGGGGACUCGGCCUCAGGAUCGACCCAAACAAGACGGAAGUCCUUUACAUUCCCCCCCGCGGGGCCCGGGCGAAGCGAAGUAGGAUAGACCCCGCCAGGACCUCGACUCAGGUCGAGGGAGUGUCCCUCUCCCCGAGCAAGUCUAUCAAGUGGCUAGGAGUCUCGCUAGACCCCAAGCUCAGCCUUGCAACCCACGCUGCUGACAGGGCAUCGGCCACGGCCUCGGUGGUAGGCCUGGUCAAACGCCUAUCCAACACGAGCCUUCGGGGGUUUCCCCCCCCCCCCCCAUCGGCAGGCCCCAAUAUUUUCAACGCAGUCGUCACCCCCUCUCUCCUGCUUGCCCGACCCCCUUACCGCGGCUGGUCCCGCUUGCAUCAGGCAGCUUCUGGUCUCGAGGCUAGGCUCCAGUGGGAGCCCAAACGCCUAGGCGUUAGGGCGUGGCUUGCCCUCCCCCCCCCCCCCGGGAAGCUCCCAAGAGACGCCGAGUGCCUUCCCCCAGACAUGCAUGGAUGGUGGCGGGCUAACAAGCCUGCCUCGGCCCUUUGGUACGGACACAAAGCCAAGCCUUUCCUCGAAAAAUUCUCCCGGCAGUGUCUCUCCCGCUGGCUAGCGGAGGCUUCGGGCCAUGGCGACUUCACGGGAUACCAUUGUCUAGAGAUCACUUCCUUCACCUGCCCCCUCGCUACCUUUGCCAACCCGCUCGCCGGCAGGCUGGACCCGAGGGCGUUCUGGUUCUCUUUUCAACUAUUCGUGUCCAGGGCCUCCCAGAUCGAGCUCUGGGCCAGGCUUGGGAUGCCGCCACGGGGCGCCCUUAUCCCAACGCUCGACGACCCUCCACUUCCCCUCCGUACGCGACCACAGUCCCACGGGGGUAUCGACCCCGACACCGAUUCCUCGGAUUCGGGGUCGGAGCUGGAAAUCCACAUGCCCGGGUUCGUACAAGUGUGA